AUGUUUCCCACUAUCCUCCGGGAUCCUGAUGCAGCCAAAAAGUUGUUUGAGACUAUCAUCGACUCUCCUAAUGGCCGCCGCUCCAUGUCACGCCUUGCGCGGACCUGUAGAGCUAUGUGCGAGCCCGCUUUGAAUGUACUAUGGAGGGAACUGGACUCCUUACUUCCAAUUAUUUCGCUAUUUCCCAACACCCUGAUGAAGAGAGCCCGCCGACCUGGGCUUGGUUUGGCCAAGGCACCCAAUGCCGAGGACUGGAGCCGAGUUCUCGCCUAUGGUGAACGUGUACGCCGUAUUGCGUAUAUUGAGUCCUCCCCCAGCGUCUCUCCAUCUAUCUUCGCAAUCAUCGCGGAGAACCGACCCGUACAAUACAUCCUUCCUCACUUGCAGCAGCUCAUCUGGCGUGUGGAUACUGCUGCUGGUCUGCAACGCUGCACUAUUUUCCUGAACCCAGAGCUUCAAAGUCUGGUUUUGGAGGUCAGCACGAGGAUCCCACAGCUUGCCACUUUCCUUGCGGAGCCAACGAGCCUUCCCGACACAUUCACUGAUAUUUUGAGGUCUCACAACACAUUGGAAAACGUUGGGCAAUGGGCUGCAUCUUUGCCUAUGUUGCGUGUCCUCGAACUUGAUCUUACUGGCCGGUCUGUCAUCGCAGUUGAAGGCUUCUUUGACGACAUUGUCGCUUCGGGAGCUUCCACUCCCAGUGAUGCGUCGUCAGACAGUGACUUCACGGAAAUUCGCAAGUCAUCCUUGCGCUUGACCGGUGACCUGCGCUCGGGUGGCCUAUCAUUGACUGGAGAGGUUGCAAACAUCGCGGUCAAUCUUACGCAUCUGGAGCUCGACCUCUCUGGUCUGAUCUGCGAGCGCUUCAGCAAGUCGCUCCUCUCGUUGCGUAUUAACGCAACAGGCUCAUCCCGUUUCAAUGAACUUGUGAGAUCAACGUCUCGAGGUGGAGACCCACCUUCCCGUCACCUUCCCCUCCAGCAUUUCACCUCGCUUCCAUCUUUGCUCCAAUCAGCUGUAGCCCAGGCAUGUCCCAACAUCGAGACCCUCCGGCUCUGCCCUAUGGCACAAGGUGUUGCGCGACUACAGACGCUUGCACUCUCCGAGGAGACAUUUAACUCCCUCGAUGUAUCCUCGCGGUCACUUCUCCGCCUACACGUGGGUCACUCCGUCGUCAACGACCCUCUUCAGACAACCAUUCUUCUCAGUCACCUUGCGCCCUAUUUGGAGACAAUAAAGUGGUUCCAUGAGAAGAACCGUCCCGGAUAUAAGGUUUCGGACUGGCUGCCACACAUGCAAGGCAUGCGCUUGAUGGAGAGGGCUAGGGCUCCCGAGACCCGGGAACAGAGUAUUGACGCCACUUCUCUGCAGGCCAAGCCUCGUUUGGUUCAGCGCCAUGUCCAGGUGUCGCCCAAACUGCCAGAGUUGGUCUCAAUGUCCAUUGAUGCCACACCGUCAAUCAUGGAUACAGGCGUCGAUGCUACUCCGGCGGUCUUACAUCAGUCCGUCUCCGUUCGGCCUAACAUGAUCUCCACCGAAGUCGAUGCAUCGGUUCACACGGAGACCAAAGCUAUCAGCGCCAUCCAAGCGCUACCCUUUGAAGAAUCCAGCUCAGCUAAAUAUGCCGACCCCGUCUAUGCCUUCCCUUCCGUCAUCCCUGCAGUCCUUGCUGGACUGCUUACCUUCGCAUGUCGUAUUCUCACGUCUUACCCUCUCACGAUCCCUAUGCAUAUGCUCGACAAAUCUCUCUCCAUACUCCAUGCUCAACCAAAAGAAGGGGACGAUUCGUCCUCAGAAAAACAUGAACUCAGGCCUUCUCCUGCACACUCGGUUUCAUCAUCGACGUCGGAGCUCCUGGAUCAUGAUAUUCCUCCUGUUUGUCUAUGA